AAUUCGUAAUCUGUAAUAAUAAAAUAACGCCUAAUUAUAUAAUUUUUAAUUUGAAUGUUUUAAAAUUAAUUAUCGGACCGGUAGUCACGCAUACUAAACGAAUACCCUUUAUGGUAAAUGAUAAAAUUGUAAGACUUAUCAGUUGUUUUGCACAAAAUAAAAACUAUUUAGAACACUCACCGAGGUUACGUCGUCUCAAAGUAAAUGUGAUUCCAUCAUUGAAUCUUCCAAAAAGAAAACUGGACAAAGUGAUUGACACUCCUACAAAAGAAAAAAUACGAAAAAGAUCUGAACGAGCACAAAAACGAUCCAAAUUUGUCGGAGAUUUAUUUGGUGCAAGUAAUGAAUUAGAUCAAACACAAGAGCAAACAUCAUCUGACUUUGAAGAACUUGCUAAUGAAUUAAUAAAUGAAGCUAGGGUUCAAAUAUCUAACAAAGAACCUAUACUAACUUUUGAUAAAUGUAUCCAAGUAGACCCUUUGUACCAACCUCCAGGUUUCAAAAGCACCAUUAUGGAUCUAAUUAGAAAUGAUUCUGACAUAUUAGCCUUUACAGGAAUCCCGACAUUAUUAAAAUUCAAAAAAAUAGUUGAAGUAGGGGAAUUGAUAGUUUUUAGAUUAAAUUAUAAUACCGAAUUUGUCUUAGAUGUUCAUCAUCGAAUAUUAUUAACAUUAAUUAAACUUAAACUGAACAUAUCAUAUAAAUGCCUUUGUGUAUUAUUUAGUAUAUCUAAAAGUACAUGCGCAAAUUAUUUUUACAACACUAUUGAUCUAUUAUAUUUAAUCUUAAAACCUCUAAUUAUCUGGCCAUCUAAAAACAGUAUAGAAAAUAAUAUUCCUAGGUGUUUCAUUAAUUUCAUGUCUACAAGAGUUAUUGUAGAUGGAACUGAAACUGCUAUUGAAACACCAAAAUUUCUAGCAUGUCGUAUUAGGAUAUAUUCAUUUUAUAAAGGUCGUCACACCAUUAAGUUCAUGGUAGGUAUAUCUCCUGAUGGGUUAAUUACUUUUGUAAGUGAUGUAUUUGGUGGAAAAGCUUCUGAUAAACAUAUAUUUGAAACCGGAGGUAUUUUAAAUAAGUGUGAAAUAGGGGACUCUGUAAUGGCAGAUAAAGGAUUCCUUAUAGAAGAAUCUUGCACAAAUGCAGGAGUCAAAUUAAUACGCCCUCCUUUUUUGAGAAAAAAUAAACAGCUUAGUUUAAACGAUGGUGUAGCAAACACAGAAAUUGCCAAAGCUAGGGUACACAUAGAACGAGCCAUACAAAGGAUUAAAAUAUACCAUAUUUUUAAAAAUAAAAUGCCUUGGAAGUCUUUAAUGGCCAAUGGUUCAUUUUCAACCCCAUAA